AUGAGCUGCGGGCGACGGCGGCGGAGCUCCAGACCGACGCUGGGCGUGGUGUUGCAUCUGGUGUGCUCCUGUUUCGGCAUCAGCUCCAUCGACACCGACCGGCCCGGCGACGGUCGGUGCCAACCCAUCGAGAUCCCCAUGUGCAAAGACAUCGGCUACAACAUGACCCGCAUGCCCAACUUGAUGGGCCACGAGGACCAGCAGGACGCGGCCAUCCAACUCCACGAGUUCGCCCCGCUGGUGGAGUACGGCUGCCACGGCCACCUCAAAUUCUUCCUCUGCUCCCUCUAUGCCCCCAUGUGCACCGAGCAGGUGUCCACGCCCAUCCCAGCCUGCCGGGUGAUGUGCGAGCAGGCGCGGCUCAAGUGUUCGCCCAUCAUGGAGCAGUUCAACUUCAGGUGGCCGGACUCCCUGGACUGCAGCAAACUGCCCAACAAGAAUGACCCCAACUACUUGUGCAUGGAAGCCCCCAGCAACGGCUCCGAGGAACCUCCCCGGGGGUCCAGCAUGCUCCCUCCCAUGCUGUGGCCCCAGAGGCCCCACAGCGCUGCUCACGACCUGACCCAGCAGAAGGACGGGCUGGGCCGGCUCUCCUGCGAGAACCCCGGGAAGUUCCACCACGUGGAGAAGAGCGGAUCUUGUGCUCCUCUUUGCACCACCGGGGUGGACGUUUACUGGAGCUGGGAGGACAAGCGGUUUGCGGUCAUCUGGAUGGCGGUGUGGUCCAUCCUCUGCUUCUUCUCCAGCGCCUUCACCGUCCUGACCUUCCUGGUCAACCCCCAGCGCUUCAAGUACCCCGAGAGGCCCAUCAUCUUCUUGUCCAUGUGCUACUGCGUCUACUCCGUGGGCUACAUUGCCCGCCUCUUCUCCGGCGCGGAGAACAUCGCCUGCAACCCGGACAGCGGCCAACUCUACGUCAUUCAAGAAGGCUUGGAGAGCACCGGCUGCACCUUGGUCUUCCUCAUCCUCUACUACUUUGGCAUGGCCAGCUCCUUGUGGUGGGUGGUCCUGACUUUGACGUGGUUCCUGGCCGCGGGGAAGAAGUGGGGCCACGAGGCCAUUGAAGCCAACAGCAGCUACUUUCACUUGGCAGCUUGGGCCAUCCCUGCGGUGAAGACUAUUAUGAUCUUAGUCAUGCGCCGGGUGGCCGGAGAUGAGUUGACGGGCUUGUGCUACGUUGGCAGCAUGGACGUCAAUGCGCUGACUGGCUUCGUGCUCGUCCCUCUGGCUUGCUAUCUCAUUGUGGGGACGUCCUUCAUCCUUUCGGGCUUCGUGGCUCUCUUCCACAUCAGGAGGGUGAUGAAAACUGGCGGGGAGAACACCGACAAGCUGGAGAAGCUCAUGGUGAGGAUCGGGGUCUUCUCCGUCUUGUAUACCGUGCCAGCUACGUGCGUCAUCGCGUGUUACUUUUACGAAAGGCUGAACAUGGGUUACUGGAGGGUUUUGGCCACCCAGCAAAAAUGCAAGGUCAACAACCACACCAAGCACCCGGACUGCACCAUGAGCGACUCCAUUCCGGCCGUGGAGAUCUUUAUGGUCAAGAUCUUCAUGCUGCUGGUGGUGGGCAUUACCAGCGGGGUUUGGAUUUGGACCUCCAAAACUCUGCAGUCCUGGCAAGGGGUUUGCAGCCGGAGGAUCAAGAACAGGACUCGGAGAAAAUCCACCAGCAUGGUGGCAGGUGGGAGUCUUUACAAAAAGACGAGCCAGCUGCCUCUGCCCAAAGUUCGCCACGCAAAGUAUGAGCCGGCUUUGCAACCCCCGACUUGCUUGUGA